AUGAAGACAACUUAUAUCCUCCUCCUCUCCACCCUCGCCCUCGCCACCCCCCAACCCAAUCCUGAACCUCAAUUCGACGGCCUCAACAACGUCAUUUCCGCCGCCGAAGGCGUCGCAACCAACAUCGCAGACAACGGCCAAAGCAUCGCCUCCAACGUCGUCAACGAAGCUACCUCCGUCUACAACGCCGCCAAGACUGCCGGCGGCGCCGCGGCCAGCCACAUCACCUCUGAAGCCGGUGCCAUUGCCUCAGACGCGAAGACCUGGGCCUCGGGCGCUGCGUCGGACGUGGAGAGUAGAGCUUCUGACGCGAGGUCCAGUUUGGAUGGGAUGACCACCUUGACGGGGACGAAUUCACAUACUACCUCUACCAGCUCUUCAUCUACGUCUGGGGGGUCUACAUCCGGGUCGACUACAACUAGCAGUACUAGUUCCAGAACCAGUUCCAGCUCUAGUUCGACUAGCACGGCCUCCCCGGGUGGUGCCGCCCAGGCGACUGUGGGGUUGGGUGUGGGAGUUGCAGGUGUGGCGGGUGUUUUGGGAGCGAUGGCCAUUCUGUAA